CUACUUUCCUUUUAGGUCUGUGUCUCUUUGGCAGUGAUGAAAAGUAAAAAUACUUAAAACACCGCACUAUUGGAUCUAUGGAAAAAAUAUUACCUGCCAUCCCUGGCUCAAAUAUCCGAUAUUGGAUAUGAUUUUAACGACGUGUACUCCAACUGAUAAGAUGAGCUAUUCAUGCGAUGUUUGUCUCUAGUAUCAAUAUAAUAAAUCAAUUGGAUGCACAUGCGAAGUGCUCAGUACCUAACGAAACGGGUCCCGGUGCGAUACAAAACGGCCAUUCCGCGCGGGUUAACUAGUUCCAGAGCCUGUGCUUAUCUCGAUUCAAUUGUUUUACAUCUAUCUUUUUGCCUUUCUCUAUAGAAAGGUAUUAGAAUUGCUGGAAAAACCGACUUUCGAACGGAGCCUCGGAGACCCAUAGUGUUAUGUAUGUGUUUGUGUGUGCACUUUUCGAAGUCAAGGCCCGUUUGAAAGCUAUUGUUAGGCCAUUGAUCAAGUUCGAAUAUCAAAUGGCAGUGACUUCUGGUUCCGGAGAUAUAAUGCUACUUCCGCGCGUCCUGUUUAGCAAAAUUCAACCAUGACUACCACCAUCUGGGAUAAGUUCUUAUUGCUGCUGGGGAAAAACUGGAUCAUCCAGAAGCGGCACUAUUUGCAAACUUUGUUCGAAAUUCUCAUACCAGUGCUUUGCUGUUCGGUUCUGCUGAUGGUCCGAGUGUUGGUUGAACCAAAUUUAGUAGAGAAGAGUACAAUUUUUAGACCGAUAUCAACGGGAUAUUUUAUAAACUUUCUAGGUGGUACAACACUAGAGUUAGCGUACUCCCCGAAAAACCCUUUGUUGGAUGCAAUAGUGGCGGAAGCGGCUGAAUUCAUGAACACACCGAAUAGAAACUUUACACAUAAGGGAUUCGUCAAUGCACGAGCAAUGGAAUCUGCUCUGAUGAUCCAAAAUACGCUGGUUGGAAUAGAGUUCGAUGAUUCGCUGGCGUCCAUAUCCACAGGCCUGCCGGAUAAAUUGAACUUUGCUCUGAGAUUUCCUGGUGAGCUUCGAGGAUCAUUUGGAUCAUUGGGAUCCAACUGGAAAACGAGGCUCCUAAUGGUGCCAUUUUCUCCCCGAUUACGUGAAUCUUUUGAUAACACUGGUGGUGAUCCAAAUUAUGCUGCUGAAGGAUUUCUUUCGGUUCAGAGUGCCCUCUCAAAGGCCAUCAUCAAGCAGCGCUCUCCGGAGGUCGAUCUGCCACCUGUGUUUGUCAGUCGUAUUCCGUACCCUCCGUACUACGAUGACCCCAUUUUGCAAGCACUGGAACAGCUGCUAGCCCUAAUCAUCCUGCUGUCAUUUUUCUACCCAUGCAUCGUCAUGGUGAAGCACAUAACAAUCGAAAAGGAACUGCAGCUGAAGGAAGCUAUGAAGAUUAUGGGACUGUCCGGUUGGCUGCACUGGAGCGCGUGGUUCGUGAAAAACAUCUUGCUGCUGAUAAUUUCUAUUUCGCUUAUAACGAUCCUACUUUGCGUCUCAGUAAACAAUGCUUCCAUCUUGGAGUACUCCGACUGGACGGCCGUUUGGUUCUUUCUGUUUACUUACAGCACUGCCACAAUCUGUUUCUGCUUCAUGAUGAGCGUCUUCUUUAGUAGAGCAAACAUGGCUGCCGGAAUCGCCGGUCUGAUGUGGUUCGUGUUUCAGAUGCCAUUCAAUAUUACGUCAAGUAAUUACGACGAGAUGAGCACCGGUUCCAAGCUCGGCUGGUGUUUGUUCCACAACUCGGCCAUGUCGUUCGGCAUCCUGGACACAAUGCGUAUGGAAGCGAAUCAACUGGGGCUGCGGUGGUCCAGCUUGUUCACACCGGCCACCGUAGACGAUGGGUUGAGCGUCGGUUUAGUGCUGGUUAUGCUCCUGGUCGAUGCAUUGAUCUACCUUUUGAUUGCGCUGUAUGUCGAGCAAGUUAUGCCUGGAGCGUUUGGUGUAGCAAAGCCUUGGUAUUUCCUGUUCAAAGGGGAAUGCUGGUGGAAACAGAAAGUAAUUGACCAACCUUCCGGAAGAAUCCGGCGACAAGUGUCCAAGUAUUUCGAGGAGGAACCAACUUCGGCACAUGCUGGUGUUGAGAUUAGGAAUCUAAGGAAGGUGUUCAGCGGUGGGAGGGUUGCCGUCGAAGGACUGAAUCUAAAGAUGUUUGAAGAUCAGAUAACAGUUCUGCUUGGACACAACGGAGCUGGCAAGACAACGACCAUGUCCAUGAUGACCGGUAUGUUUUCUCCUUCGUCGGGAACGGCUUACCUAAACGGACAUGACAUUCGAACGGAUAUUGAGGGAGUACGACAAUCAUUGGGAUUAUGUCCGCAACACAAUGUGCUGUUCAAUGAGAUGACUGUCGCAGAGCAUUUGAACUUUUUUGGUAGACUGAAAGGAAUCUCCAAGGCAAACUUAGCAUCGGAGACAGACCAGUACCUGGAACGAUUGGAAUUGGUAGACAAACGAAACGCACAGUCGCAGACAUUGUCCGGAGGUAUGAAACGAAGACUUGCAGUUGGGAUUGCUCUUUGUGGUGGAUCGAAAGUAGUCUUGCUGGAUGAACCAACUUCGGGAAUGGAUCCAUCGGCGAGACGGGCUCUUUGGGAUUUGUUGCAGCGUGAAAAAAAGGGCAGAACGAUGCUUCUGUCAACACAUUUCAUGGAUGAGGCUGAUGUUCUAGGAGAUCGCAUUGCAAUCAUGGCAGAUGGGAUUCUCAAAACUGUAGGAUCGCCCUUCUUCCUCAAGAAAACAUUUGGCGUUGGCUACAGACUAAUCUGCGUGAAAGGACCAAACUGCAACAGAGAAUUGCUAUGCAAAAUUUUGAGACGAUAUAUCCCGGAUGUUCGAAUUAAGACAGAUAUUGGCUCGGAAUUGUCAUUUGUGUUGAAGGAAGAUUACAUAAAACUGUUCCAAGCUAUGUUGGAAGAAUUGGAGACACAAAUGGAGCGAUGCGGAAUCACUAGCUAUGGCAUUUCGUUGACCACCAUGGAAGAAGUGUUUUUGAAAGCAGGAAGUGAUACUUUACAGGAUACUGUUAACCCAAAUGGAACAACUAUUGAUACUGUCGGUCAGAGCUACUCGUUAAACAACAUUCAGCUUCUGAGAGGUGUCCAGCUUAUGGUGAAUCAAGUAAAAGCACAAAUUCUGAAGAAAGUCCUAUCUACCAUUCGUUCCUGGAUUCAACUGAUCAUUCGGAACCUAAUACCGGUACUUUUCGUGGUUCUAACAUUUAUUAUAACCCGAUCUAUUGCCGCCGAUGAAGACCUACCUCCACUGACAAUGACUAUGGACUCUUACAAGAGAACAGUUACCGUAUUGGAAGGCAAUUCCAAAGAUCCAAACGUUAAAUCUUACCAACAACAGUUUAGAAGCAUUGGAGGUUCACAUCGAUUGGACACAAUUACGGAACCGAUGGUUGAUUACAUCCUCAACCGGUCUGUAGAGUCAAUUUCGGAAGUCAACAUCCGUUACAUGGUUGGGGCGACUUUCGCCGAGAACUACACUGCAUGGUUCAACAACAAAGGAUAUCAUACUGCCCCAUUGGCACUAUCUCUGCUGUACAACGCUGUCUUGAGUUCGAGUUGUCCGACCUGCGAACUCACCGUGGUCAACAAACCGCUUCCCUUUAAUAUCUCAAAUAAGUUCGAAACCGUGAACACUGGAAUGAACAAAGGCUUCCAGUUAGUUUUCAAUACGGGAUUUGCCAUGGCCUUCGUAGCUGCUAUGUACAUACUGUUCUACAUUCGAGAGCGGACUUCACGAGCAAAGUUGCUCCAGUACGUGAGUGGAACGAAUAUUUUGCUAUUUUGGGGAGUUGCCUUUGCGUGGGAUUUCGCUAUGUUCAUCGUCACAAGCCUUAUCUACAUCGGAACUCUGGCGGCAUUCCAGGAAGAAGGAUGGUCUUCGUUCAGUGAGCUGGGCAACAUCUUCCUUCUUUUAAUCUUUUUUGGAAUUGCUUUCCUACCUACAACCUAUCUAAGUUCGUUUUUGUUCAAAACCCCUGCAACUGGAUUCGUCAUAGUUAUGUUACUGAACAUCGCCUCAGGAUCAAUUUUCUUUACGGCAAUUGUUUUGCUCAAGUUCCCUGGUAUCAAUCUGCAGGAUGUGGCAAGGGGGUUGGAGUGGUUGUUUAUGUUGUUUCCGAAUUUUGCCUUGACACAUGGAUUGAACAAUAUGAAUCAAAUAGUAAACACUAAAUCAUACUGCCAAAAACUUUGUGAUUUGAAAUUAGGAUGCAGGAUAGAAGAUAUGUGCGGUGAAAAGCCAGAUUGCUGCAUUCCGGAUCUCUAUUCUUUGGACGAACUUGGCAUUAUUCGACAUCUCCUAACGCUGACUAUCGUUGGCAUUUCUGCGUUUGUUUUGAUUCUCGCAUUCGAGUAUCGAUUCGUUGCGAGAUUGAUGCAGAAAUUCCAGAGACACAACAGACAAACGUCAGCGCCUUCGAAUACCGGAGAGGACUCAGACGUUUUAGCGGAAAAGAAGCGAGUUCAAAUGAUGUCAAUGGCAGAUAUAAGUAAUUACAAUCUGGUAAUGAAGGAUCUUACCAAAUACUACAAGAAUUUUCUAGCAGUAAACAAUAUAUCGCUAGCAGUUCAACGUGCCGAGUGCUUUGGACUGCUUGGAAUAAAUGGGGCUGGAAAAACCACCACCUUUAAAAUGAUGACUGGCGAUGAAAGUUUCUCAUCCGGAGGUUCUUGGGUUAAAGGAAUCAGUUUAAAAUCGAACAUGAGUGCCGUUCACCAAAACAUUGGCUACUGUCCUCAGUUCGACGCACUGCUUGAGAAUCUUACCGGUAGAGAAACUCUGAAAAUCUAUGCCUUGCUACGAGGGGUCCGCAAGGUAGACAUUUCGAAAGUCUCGGUUACACUGGCAGAAGAUUUGAACUUUAUGAAACACAUCGACAAGAAGACUAAGGAAUACAGUGGCGGUAACAAACGAAAGUUAAGUACGGCUUUGGCAUUGAUGGGUAAUCCGUCGGUGAUUUAUUUGGAUGAACCGACAACGGGAAUGGAUCCCGGAGCCAAGCGGCAAUUCUGGGAUAUGAUCUGCAAGGUUCGAAGCGCAGGAAAGUCGAUCGUACUGACAUCACACAGCAUGGAAGAAUGCGAGGCUUUGUGCACCCGUUUGGCAAUUAUGGUGAACGGAGAGUUCAAGUGUCUGGGAUCAACGCAACAUUUGAAGAAUAAAUUUUCCAAAGGCUUCCUGUUGACUGUUAAAAUCGGGAAGUCGGUAGACGGAACGCUACAACCACAGCAGGUGGAAGCCACAAAAUCGUUUGUUAUGACGACUUUUAAUGGAGCGGUGUUGAAGGAACAAUAUCAGGAUUCCUUAAGCUUCCACGUACCACAGACGGAUCUGAAAUGGUCGCAGAUGUUUGGUUUGAUGGAAUCCCAGAAGCAGCGUUUGGGUAUUGAAGAUUACGCUUUAGGACAAACUACGCUAGAACAGGUGUUUUUGUUCUUCACUAAAUACCAAAGAAUAGUGUGAUUUGAAAAUACGUUUAUUUGUGAAGUACAUUCAGUUCUAUUAGAUAUUUUUGUACGUGAAAUACUAAUAUGAUUGACAAGUUCUAUUGAAUAAAA